CCUUCGGCCAAUCUAUAUAAUUCCCACAUCUUAAUAUCUUAUCCUCACGCACCUUCGUCUCUCCGAUCAUGUCACCAACAACACUUCACUAUUUUUCUUCUUUCUUCCUUUUUUUCAUAAUUCUCUCGCACCACUCCAACGCUGACGUAGGCACCUCUUCCCGUUACUCCCCUCCAUAUUUACCCUCGGGGUGUUUCGGUAACGAAGCCACGCAGUUUCCGUCGAGUAAUCUUUUUGCGGCGGCCGGAGAUGGAAUUUGGGACAAUGGAGCGGCGUGUGGGAGGCAGUACCUGGUGAGAUGUAUAAGUGCAGAGGAACCUAUGACUUGCAUUCCCGACCAGAGUAUUCAGAUUAAGAUUGUUGAUUACGCCGCAUCUGCGGUGUCGCCGCCCUCCACCGCCGGCACAACCAUGGUUCUCUCCGAUAAGGCUUUCGGGAGUAUCGCCAAUACAUCUGCCACCUUGAUCAAUAUAGAGUUCCAACAGGUAUGACAUCUUUAUGCAAAUAAUCGAUGGUGCAUCAGGAAGAUACCUUCACUUUCAUCGGUGAAUGAUUUGAUUUUGGAUUCAAUUAUUGUUAAAACAGUGUCGUUUUGAUAAAUCAUGUGUGCAUAUUCGUCGUGUUGAUUUCUGUUACCAUAUUUGGGUAAUUUUUUCGUGUGGUUUUAAUUGAAUGGAAGAGAGUGUUGUAGGAAAUUUCGUGGACGCAGACUCGCUUUGAAUGAUUCCAUGAGUGGGAGCAAUUUAUGUUGUGCAGUCCGAGAUCGAUUGUAAUUAUUGAUUAGUCAAAGAAAUAGCAUUUUCCCUCCCCUUUACUAUCCCCGCUUUUCAA